AUGGGAAUUCUGGGGCUUUCAUUAUUUGACGUUGGAAGCAACAACUACAUCAAUACCACCACUUUUCUUCUGGCAAACUUCGAUCCAUACGGCGAAACUUUCUUCAAGCAUCCCAACGGCAUAUUUUCCGAUGCAUGGCUGAAUAUGCCGUGUUACCGCUAUUACUACCAUCCAGCAUCGUACCCUGAUGAUUAUAUCUUUGGGGCUAAUUUUGCAUCAGCAGGAUCUGGAGCUUUGGUUGAAACUCGUCAAGGAACUGUGAUAGGCCUGCAAACUCAGGCAAGUUACUUCAAACAAGUUAGCAAGCUAUUGAAGAAGAAACUAGGAGAUCGAGAAGCCAAGGCAUUUCUGGGAAGAGCUGUCUAG